AGUAAACCUAUUGAAUAGAAUAAUCACAAAUGCUGGAAGUUUGAGUUUCUUCACAUCAAAUCGUUGAUUUGAUUUUUGACGACUCCUAUUAACAGUGUCGUCAUAAAAUUGAAUAUAUUUUGCUCUAGUUUUUGAAGGCAUCUCUUGUCAUACUUAGAAGAUGCAUCGAAAUAAUGAAUUCACUUUACAAGAGGUGCCCGAAAACAAUAAUGAAGAAAGCCCUCGAAAGCGUUUAAAAAUAGAAAUGGUCCGAAGUUUAUUAUCCGAUUCCGAAUCAGAAGACAGUACAUCAUCAACAACUAUACUUGAAGAUUUAAAUAAAAAAUGGAGUUGUGAAAUGACAUCAAUGACGUUUGCAAAAUCGCACACAAGUCUAACUAAACAGAAACCAUCCACACUGAGGUUGUAUACUUCCUAUCAGGAUUUAAGAACAAAUUACGGCGAUCAAUUGAGACAAGCAGCAGGAACAUGCCAAAACGGUUCAGCCCAAAAGACUGGAUUAACGUAUGGAUAUAAAUCUUCGAGACCAUGUCGAGCUAGAGGAGUUAGCUAUGAAAAUUACAGAGCCUAUAUGUUACAGGAAGAAGAAAAUAGAGACAACGAUAUUCGAAUAAAUGCGGCUAUACCGCAUUCAUACAAAAGCACUUCGUCUAAGCCGUCAGAAACUAAGAAAGGCAAUUUCUCAGUCAUGAAAAAAAAGUCAGGACUACGUAAGAAUACCUUUCUUGUUCAAAAUGCGUCAGAAGAACGUAAAAAUAUUUUAGCAAAUCGAAAUAUGGCUCAACCUAUGUCACGACCAAAUAAAAGCACUAAAUUUGUUGAAACCAAGUCCAAACAAAAUGCACACAAUGAUUUUACUGGGCUUAUGACACCACAACGUAGAAACUCUAGUUAUAAACAAAAUACGUCGAGUAGUCGUUUCAGAAUAAAUGACUAUCAGAAUACAACAUAUAAUAACACAUUAUCCCCAGUGCUAAAUCGAAAACUUUAUCAAUCAUUUAGUCCCCCGAAAGAUCACACAUGGCAUCCACUUCUUUAUAAAGCAGAUUUUGAAACUACAGCUGAUUUCAGUGGGAUGACCUUUGUGGAACCUACCGAUGCUAUUGUUAUAGCAGGAGCCUCGGACGAGCCAAUGCAGAACCUCGCAAUUGAGGAUUGUGAUGAAGAGCUACCAUUUUCGGAGGAAGAUAUUGAUCGUAUACUUGAAGGUUACAGACAAGACGGCUUUUUUACGCGAGACCAGAGUGCAGAUCUAUGCACUGGAGAGGAAGAAGAAGAUGAAGAAGCAUUUGAUGAUCAACCUUUUUCAGUUAGUUUAAUCACUAGUUCGGCCUUAUCCUCAACGAGAGUUUUUAACCCACAAAAUCGAAGAGGUAGAAACAUGAACGAUGCUCCAGCUGGUAACAACAAGCAGGCACAUCAUCGUUCAUCUAUUACCAGAAAGCCACAAUCUACGCCGGGAACAUGUGAAUGUUAUAAACAGGAAUGCCAAUGUGGAAAACAUCCAUGCGAAAAACGUCCACAAAUUGAUUAUGAUGAAACGUCAGAACAGGAUAAUUGUGAACAACAAUGCGACUCUGGAGAAAAUACGUCUAAAAGGGUUUCACAUGCCGAUUGUACUGGGAUGUCCAUAGAUGAUAGCUUUGAACAGUUUAAACAACACCAAUCUCUGUUAAAUUCCUCAAGAAGAAGUGUUCAGAUUGAAUGUGAUCUACAGUCUUUAGAUGAUAGCUUUGAAGAGUUUAAACAACACCAAUCUCUGGCAAAUUCCUCAAGAAAAAGUGUACAAAUUGGUUGUGGUCAGAAGUCUACAUCGGAAAAGUGUGGCAAUAAACAGCAAUCUAACUGUGGAGAGAGUUCAUCGAAAAAAAGUCCUCAAGUUGGUUGUGAUGAAGAGUCCUUAGAUGAUAGCUUUGAGCAGUUUAAACAACACCAAUCUCUGGCAAAUUCCUCAAGAAAAAGUGUACAAAUUGGUUGUGGUCAGAAGUCUACAUCGGAAAAGUGUGGCAAUAAACAGCAAUCUAACUGUGGAGAGAGUUCAUCGAAAAAAAGUCCUCAAGUUGGUUGUGAUGAAGAGUCUUUAGAUGAUAGCUUUGAACAGUUUAAACAACACCAAAAUCUGGCAAAUUCCUCAAGAAAAAGUGUACAAAUUGGUUGUGGUCAGAAGUCUACAUCGGAAAAGUGUGGCAAUAAACAGCAAUCUAACUGUGGUGAGAGUUCAUCGAAAAAAAGUCCUCAAGUUGGUUGUGAUGAAGAGUCCUUAGAUGAUAGCUUUGAGCAGUUUAAACAACACCAAUCUCUGGCAAAUUCCUCAAGAAAAAGUGUACAAAUUGGUUGUGGUCAGAAGUCUACAUCGGAAAAGUGUGGCAAUAAACAGCAAUCUAAAUGUGGUGAGAGUUCAUCGAAAAAAAGUCCUCAAAUUGGUUGUGAUGAAGAGUCCUUAGAUGAUAGCUUUGAACAGUUUAAACAACACCAAUCUCUGGCAAAUUCCUCAAGAAAAAGUGUACAAAUUGGUUGUGGUCAGAAGUCUAUACCGGAAAAGUGUGGCAAUAAACAGCAAUCUAACUGUGGUGAGAGUUCAUCGAAAAAAAGUCCUCAAGUUGGUUGUGAUGAAGAGUCCUUAGAUGAUAGCUUUGAACAGUUUAAACAACACCAAAAUCUUUCAAAUUCCUCAAGAAAAAGUGUACAAAUUGGUUGUGGUCAGAAGUCUGCAUCGGAAAAGUGUGGCAAUAAACAGCAAUCUAACUGUGGUGAGAGUUCAUCGAAAAAAAGUCCUCAAAUUGGUUGUGAUGAAGUGUCCUUAGAUGAUAGCUUUGAGCAGUUUAAACAACACCAAUCUCUGGCAAAUUCCUCAAGAAAAAGUGUGCAAAUUGGUUGUGAUCAAAAGUCUGCAUCAGACAAAUGUGGCAAUAAACAGCAAUCUAACUGUGGUGAGAGUUCACCGAGAAAGAGUGUUCAAAUUGGUUGUGGUGGAAAGUCAACACCGGAAAAAAGUGGUGGCAAUAAACAGCAAUUAAACAAUAGUAUUAAUCCAUCGAAAAAAAGUCCUCAAAUUGGUUGUGGUGGAAAGUCUACACCAGAAAAAAGUGCCAGCAAUCCAACACAGCAAUCUAAAUGUGGUGAAAGUUCAUCGAAAAAGAGCUCACAAACUAAUUGUGGUGGAAAGGCUACACCUGAAAAAUGUGAUGACAAGAAACAGCAAUCUAAAUGUGGUGAAAAUCCGUCGAAAAAGAAUUCUCCAUCUGGCUGCGGUGAAAAGGGUUCACCGCCUCCAGAAGAACGUAACCAAGCUGGAAAGAAUUCUUCAAAAAAAGCUUUAGAAUUUGAUUGUAAGCAGAAGUGCCCUCAAGAAAUGGAUUUGGCUUGUAAAAAAUUAACACUGAAAGAACGUCAACAUAUAGUUAAAAUGCAAUUACAGAAAUUGAUAAAGGAUGAAAACUGCCCCGGAGCUAUAGUGGAAACAUUGCAGGGAAAGUUAGAUUUUAAUAACUUGUCUUUUAAAGUAACGUUAGGUGAGAACUAUAAAGUAAAUCCAAAUUUGCCAGAAGUGGAGCCGAUAUCACUAAUAGAAGCCUUCCUCAAACGAAUUCAGGUCGAAAAAGAUAAUAUAGAAUCAUAUAAGAGAAGUGCUAAUUUCAGGGAUACAUUUAAUUUUAAAGUUAGAGGCAUUUUUUCAUAUUAUGACAGUCAAUUUAAUACUGAACUCAAUGCAGCUAUAAAGACUUUUAUUUUGGCAGAUCUGAUAUACAAAAAUUGCCAUCCACCAAUACACGCACAACCAUUUUACAGCCUUAUUCGUAAAGGUGAAGUAACUUUGGAUGAAGAUAGUAAAAUUACAAGAACUUACAACAUAUCAACAACUACGUAUAAUCCAAUUCGGGAUGAAAACAUGUACGAAGAUGUAAUAGUAGGAGACCAACCAUGUCGUUCAAAGUCCAGAGCACGUGAUAUGCUUAAAGCUAUAGCGUCAUUUAAGCGUAAACGCAGUUUGCCCCAGUGUAAUCACGAUGACGACUGAUUAGUAUUUUUCACUAAAACUGAAACGAUCUCGAUGGAUUAAACAUACAAUAGUUUCAAAAAUUAU